CCCAGCCAUGAAGAGCUACUCCCUCCUGGCGGCCCUUCUGCUCGCGGCGACCGCGGAAUGUUGCCAGAAUACGGAAGAAAUCCACACGAUGUUGCGAGCUUUCAGCGAAGAAUGUGCGGAGGAGAAAGAAACGGAACUCUCAAAAGGUGAACUGGAAGACAUUUUUUCAGGAAAAUGCCCAACAAACGAGAACGCAAAAUGCGUCAUGACAUGCAUCGCUGAGAAGUCUGGACUCGUUCAAGGGAAUCAAUUUUCCUUUGAUCGUUUCAUGGAAUCAGCAAAUAAAACAUUUUCUUGUGACCAGGAUACCAUGAAGAAGGUAGAAGAGGUCGCACGCGAAUGUGAACGCGACAUUGGUAAUGCGAAAGGCGACUGCGAGAUUGGCCUGAAAGUUUGUGAAUGCGUAUGGAAACAAAAAAAAUAAGAAGAUGAAGUUUUUGGGCAUACGUAUAAAAUCAAUUUCAAGAAACUUGCAAGUAAAUUGUCAAGAAAAAUAUUCGUUGAUACUUCCAACUUUUAUCAAUUAAUUUUCGUUUCUUGAGUUUGUGUUUAUUUGUAAUAAUUAUGUGUUAAUCUGCAGUUACUUACACAGGGACGUCCAUGUUAUACAACACAAUAUAAUGUAAAAUUUUAGGUGUAUUAUAUACAUAAAUAUUGCUUAUAAACUACGAUUAAUUGAUGCACCACACUUACCUGACAAUUGAGCUACGCAAAGGCCUACUUAUGAAAAUUAUUUCAAAUGAGGUGUUAGAUGGGUGUAUGAGAAGAAGUAAAAAAACCACAAACAAUACAUGAGUAUACUAUCCUA